UGCUCCAACUUCCAUAUUCAUCUAAAAUGCAAAAGAAAUAUUAAAUAAAGUGGGUUCAGAUACAUGUGAAUGAAGUGAUACCUCCUUUGCUUAGUUGAUUGCACUACUAGAUGAAAUCGACAGAGAAUAGGGUCCCCAUUUUCCCUCCAAGCUGGUGGAUUGAAGUAAAUGAAAAUAUCUGAAUGCGUGUAUCUAAGAGAGAAUAUCUAGAGGUUAAUGCUGUGCUCUCAUUGAUAGAACAUUUAACCUGUGCGGUGAAAUCGUGUCUGGUGUAAUAUUGUGUAUAUCUGCGAACGAAUUUCAGGCAAUAACACACUGAACAAAACACUUGAAGUUUGGAUAUUUUAUCAAGAUGCAGGUUUGGCAGAAGAUCUUCAUCUAUCAACGACUAGAAUAUCACUCAUAACACCAAACGUUCGAAUUUCCUGAAUCAAUCUUAGUAAAAGCAGUAGCAAUGGCAUCGGAAGCGUGCAGAUGUCUAGAAGAUUUGAAUGCGGACUGUUUGUUCAAAAUAUUUUCGUACUUGUCCCUCCCAGAUCAGUUCCGGUUUUCUCUAGAAACAGACAAUUUCAAUCAUAUUAUCCAGAGAAUUUUGAAGUCGAACUUUGUAGAUACCCGAGAAUUUCGUACCAACUUCAACUUAAAUCAAUCAGCGCUUCUGCUCUCAAAAUUCGGCCCAUCCAUGGAACGUCUAGACUUCACUGAAUGGAUAAAUGAAUCGAAUGCAUCGUUCUAUAAGCUAUUGCCAUUGUACUGCACCAGCGUGAGCCAAGUUAACUUCUUCUAUCCAUCUUCCAAGGGAAUCGAGAUCUACCUCGACGUGCUAUCAAAAAAUUCAAGUCGAAUCAACUCAGUCCACGUUGGGCCAUUCAACCCCGAAUGCGACCAUACUGAUCUGCAACGAUACGAGGUCGAUUUGUUUGAAGCAAUCGUGAAAUUGGAAAAUUUAAAAACAUUACACUUGGAAAAGCUUAACGAGGUAACCGGUGAAAACUUCCAUCUUCUAAGAAAUUUAAAGGAACUUAACGUAGAGUUCUGUGCCAACUACGAAUCAGAAUUCUUCACGGAGCUUUGUGAGUCCCCGAUUCGACUAUCAAAACUGAAUAUUAACAAUUGCACCUGCUUCACGGCAGAUGUGCUAGAAAAGCUGGUUGAAUCCCAACCAGAGAUCAAGGAACUUACGAUCAACAACAUACCGGAAGGGUUUGAGAAAGUUGUAAAACUAAAAAAACUGGAGAAGUUAACUAUCUGGGAAUCCCUCGUGGGCCGGCCAAUAGACAAAUUAAUCGAUAAUUUGAUAAAAUAUCACGAAAAAGAUUUAAAAUCUCUUCAAAUUCUCUGUGACUAUCCGCGAAACAUAGCAGAUUACCGUCCAAAAAUAUUAUUCCUCAAGAACCUCAAGGAGCUCCGGUUACCUAAUUAUGUAUCUUACGAUGACACAUAUCUACUCAGGAUAACCCAAAGUCUGCCAAAUUUGCAGAAACUUUACUUGUACAUUGAUGAUAAAAAAUGUUUGAUAACUGAUAAUGGGAUUUUCACCGUGUUCACACAACUGCCACAUUUAAGGGAAAUUGGCUUUUACUACAGAUACAAAUUCAACUCAGAGUUGUUGGAGCGGAUUUGUUCGACGCGGAAAGCAGGCAAGUGUGGCCAGUUGAUGGUGUACAUGAAGAAUGAUAAGGUUUUGCAGGACAUUUUGCAGGAUCCCUUCUAUCUUCAAAAUUCUAAAUAUGUGAAAUUUGCCGAAUAUCAGCGGAAGCAUUUAUUGUUGAUUUUUUAACUAAUUUGCCUUUUUUCUAAAUAUCUUUACAUUUAAUAUAGUAAGUUUACGAUUAUUG